AUGGCCUUUAAUAUGGAAAGAGAAGAAGAUGAAGAAGAUUAUUAUGCCAUUUUAGAAUGUUCUUCAGAUGCUACUACCGAAGAAAUUAAACGGAGUUAUCGAAAAUUGGCAUUAAAAUAUCAUCCCGAUAAAUGUACAGACGAAUCAUUAAGAAUUAAGCAUGAAACAAUAUUUAAAAAAAUCUCAGAAGCGUACGAAGUUUUAAAAGAUGAUGAUAAAAGGUAUCAAUAUGACACUAGAUCUAGUGCCAACGAUUAUUAUAGUAACGGUGCUAAUAGGGAAUAUCAAUUUUUCAACGAAGAUGAUUUCAUGAAUUUUUUUACCAUGAAUAAUAACCAGUUCCAUCAAAGAUCAAUGAAAAAAUAUCCAAUCAAAGCUGAAGACUUUGUGAAACCCCCACAAAAGAAUAAGUCUUCCCCUGAAGUAUAUGAAAAAUUGAAACUAUCCACACAAACCUUAUAUCUAGGUAAAACUUUGAAAUUUAGAUUGAAGAGAUAUAUAGUUUGUAAAAACUGUAAAGGGUAUAAAUUAACAACUAGGUUUGUGGAAAGUUUAAUAAGGGCAAAGAAAGAGUAUAAAAAAUGUGUACAUUGUAAAGGUGAUGGUUGUACAAUGAAAAUCAAUCAAAAUAGCUUUCCUGCCUAUACUUAUCAAGAGCCUUGUUCCCAUUGUUUAGGAUUAGGUAUUAGAAUCCCAACUAAAGCUUGGUGCACAGAUUGUUGUAAAGAUAAAGUUGGAUACAUGCAAGAAGAAAUGGAUAUUAUUGUUCCUAUUAAAAGAGGCAUGAAAGCUGGCGACAUCGUUAGGUUAAGUGGCAAAGCAGAUGAAUUAAUAGAUUGUGGCAAAACUGGUGAUUUAAUUUUUGAAAUAAAUGAGGAUAACAGCAGUAGUGUUAAGGGCGCAAAUAUUAUCACAAGAGUAAACAAUAAUCUGUAUACUAGAUGUAAGAUAUCCUUGGUGGAGGCAUUAUGUGGGUUAGAAAAUAAAUUUUUGAUAGAAACUUUUGAUGGUCGUAUUUUGAAAAUCAACACUAGAAAAGGGAAAGUUUUAAGACCUAAUACAUGCAUUGUAAUUAACGGAGAAGGUUGGCCCAUUGAUGAUGGCCAAAAUUUUGGUGAUUUAUAUGUACAAAUUGAUGUAGAGUUUCCAUCUGAUUAUUGGUUCAAUGAAGUGGCUGAGAUUCAAGCAUUAAAAAGUAUUUUGCCAAGCACUAAAGGUUUACCGGAUAAUCGUGACAGUGUUAAGAAUAUUAAUUCGCAAUUAGUAACCGAUUACGAAAUUAUUGAUAACUUUAGUCUAGAUGAGGAAAAAGGAAAAGCUCAAAAAGAAGAUCAAAAAAAUGAUUUUUUUGAACAUAAUAAUAGUAACAAUAAUAAUAAUGGUUUUUUUUACACUGAAGAUAAUGAGGAACAUGCAGGUAACACAUGCACAACUCAGUAA